AUGAAGAAUGCCGAACUGCAAUUAAUAUUUGUUAAGUUAAGUCAUGUUAUCAAAGAGACGAGGGAUGAAGGGAUUGAUAUCCUCUAUAAGUACGUAACAGACAAAAGGGAAUCUCUUAAUGUACGCAAAGUGGCAUAUAUAUGUAAAGGCUUGUUUUACUAUUAUUGGUUAUGUUAUUCUAUGGAUGAGCAGAGAGUAGCGGCUGUGAAAAUAUGUAAGUUAGUACAUACAUUUGAUGGAAAAGAGAAAGAUGAUGAAAAGGUUCAAGUGUUUUUAUUUGUAAAAUGUUUUUUAAGUAUUAUGUCAAAGAAAUAUGAAACAUUGGAUUAUUACCGAUUGAAUAAAUUUUUAUUUUUAUUUCGAGUUUUUCAAGCUGAGUGUUUAAUAUUUUUACAUAGCUAUGGAUGGAAUUGUAAUUAUAUUAAAAUGUAUAACAAAAUAAUUUUAAAGACUUUUGAUGAUAAGAAUGAUGUUUUUUAUAAUUACAUAGACACAUUUUUUAAGGAAUUUAUUGCAAAUGAUAAUUUUUUAGAAAGUAAAAAUAAAAAAAAAUCGUAUACCACAAAGCAGUUUUUAUUAAUAGUUGAUCCCUUUUUUAAAAUUGUAUGUAGGACUGAGAAGAAAUACAUUAUUGAUGUAAUUCAAAAAAAAAUUUUUUGUAUUAUACUUAAAAUGCCAAAUGUUAAGAUAGGUAUAUUACAGAAAAAAAUAAGCAAAUAUAUAUCGAAAUGUAAGAACAGCUAUGGUACCAAAAUUUUAAAAGGUUUUUACAAUUUAUCUGUUACUUCGAAGAAAGCAAACAAGUUGAUAUGUAAAAACAAAACACCUGUUUUUAUUUCAGAUUAUUCAGAAAAUAGUUAUGAACAAAAAAUGAGCCAUUAUAACAUUAUAGCUAGAAGAAAUGCUAUAAAAUGCUUGCAAAAAGAACAGGCGGAAAGUAAAAAAUCAUUUAGUAUAAAUGAAAAUAAAGAAAAGGAAAACAUGGUGCAGUUAGGAAUGGUAAGACACGGUGAAGUUAAGGAGAGGGACGAUGAACUCGAUUCUGUGAAGGGGGAAAUUGGUACUAUGAAGGACGAAGUGGGUUCUAUAAGGGGUGAUGUUGGUACUUUGAAGGAUGAAGUGGGUUCUAUAAGGGAUGACAUUGUUACUUUGAGGGGGGAAGUGGAUUUCGAUAAAGAUGACAUGGAUUCCAUGAGGGGUGAAGCUGGUUCUGAGAAGGAUGACUUGGAUUCGAUGAGGUGUGAAAUGGGUUCUAUGAAGAAUGACUUGGAUUCGAUGAGGUGUGAAAUGGGUUCUAUGAAGAAUGACUUGGAUUUUUUGCAAGAUGAAGUUGUUUCUGUACGGGCUGUAGCAGGUUCAGAGGAGGAGAAAGUUGUCACUAAGGAGAAUGAAGUUGCUUGUAAGAGUUCAGAUGAUAUUUGUGAAGUUAUUAGUAGAAAAAAAAGGAGUGGUAGGGAAGUUAAUUGCAUACAAAAAAAAAAAAAAGACUCGGGCGAAAAAAGUGAUAAUAUAGAGAUGGGAAAAAAAAAAAAAAGAAAAACUAAAAAAGGGAAGAAAAAAGGGAAGAAAAAAGGGAAGGAAAAAGGGAAGGAAAAUAUUAAGGAACAUGUUAAGGUAAAGGCGAAGCAAAAUAUGAAUGAAAAUGUGAAGAGAAAUGUGAACAAUUUUUACAUAUGUAAUAAGAGUACAGUGAAAAAAUGCAAGAAGAGUAUUGAGAAAAAAAAAAAAGAAAAUACGAAGAAACUGAAUAAUAAGAAGAAUGCAUAUUGUGAAGAGGAAGGUGAACCAAAUUUAAGUAUUUUAGAUAGUAUUAAUAGAAGUAGGAAAUCUUUUGUAGGUAGCAUUAUUAUUGAGAAUGAUAAAGAAACAGACUUACCUAUUUAUUCCAUUAAUCCAUCUGACUUGAAUGGGGGAUGUAUACAAAAAAGAAUAUUAAAGAAAAAUAAAUUAAUAAAAAAAAAAAAGAAAGGCAUCAAUUUUAUACUUGCAAAAUCUACAUUAGAAGAACUGAAUAAAUUAAAGGAGCCAUUAGAAGAAUUGAAGUAUGAACAAUCUAUCAUACAGAACAACAGUUAUUGUGCAAAGGGUGAAGAGAGAAAAAAAAAAAAAAGUAAAAUAGAAGAUUUAGAGAUUAUAGAAAAGCAAACUGACAAAACGGAGAAAGUAGAGAAGAAUACAAAAAAGGAAAAGAAAAGCGAAUUAGAAAAGAAAAACAAAUUAGAAAAGAAAUUCGAAUUAGGGAAGAAAAACAAAUUAGAAAAGAAAAACAAAUUAGAAAAGAAAAUCGAAUUAGGGAAGAAAAACAAAUUAGAAAAGAAAAACAAAUUAGAAAAGAAAAGCAAAAAAAAAAAAAAAUUGGAUGAAGAGAAUGGAAAACAAAAACAUAAGGAUAAAACGAAUGUGGAGAAGACCAACGCAGAGAAUAAAUUGGAAAGUGAAACAACAGGAAAAAUUAAAAGUGUUUUGGUAAAAAAAACAAUUUUAAAAAAAGGAAAAACAAAAUCCCAUGUACCCAAAAAAGUACAUUUUAAUUUAAAUAAGAAUACAAUUGAAUAUAUUCCACGUGUCAAAAAAAGAAGACUUAACACAUACCUCUUUUUCGAGAAUUUCCAAAAGUUCUUUAAUAUUCCUUCAUUUUUAUAG